AUGUUCGAAGGUUUUGGUGCUAAUAAAAGGCGAAAGGUCAAUAUCGAGGAGGAACCAGAGCAUACAAAGCCAUGGGUCGAGAAAUAUAGACCUAAAAAGUUAGACGAUGUGUCAGCUCAAGAUCAUACGAUUUCAGUUCUGAAGAAAACCUUGACGUCUGCUAAUUUACCACAUAUGCUAUUUUAUGGUCCUCCAGGUACUGGUAAGACAUCUACCAUCUUUGCAUUGACUAGAGAAUUAUAUGGACCCGAAUUAUCCAAGACUAGAGUUUUAGAACUGAAUGCAUCUGAUGAACGUGGUAUUGCCAUUGUAAGAGAGAAAGUUAAGAAUUUUGCAAGGUUAACUGUUUCAAAACCAUCAAAGGAAGCCUUGGAAAAAUAUCCAUGCCCACCUUAUAAGAUUAUCAUAUUGGAUGAAGCUGAUUCAAUGACUGCAGACGCACAAAGUGCGCUUCGUAGAACGAUGGAAAAUCAUUCUAAUGUUACCAGAUUUUGUUUAAUUUGCAACUACGUGACAAGGAUAAUUGACCCACUGGCAUCGAGAUGCUCUAAAUUUAGAUUUAAAUCGUUGGAUGAAUCUAAUGCAAUAGGACGUUUAAAAGAGAUUUCUCAAUUGGAAAAUGUACCACACGAAGAGGGCGCUUUACAGAGAAUAUUAGAGAUUUCCAAUGGUGAUAUGAGAAGGGCAAUUACGCUUUUACAAUCUGCAGCCAAACGUCUUGGUUUUGGAGAAUUGGAUAAAAUAACUUCACAAGAGGUGGAGGAAUUAGCCGGCCUUGUCCCCACGCAUAUUCUUCAAGAAAUGCUCAAUAAGGUCUCUCAAGGUAAUGUUAACGAGAUUAUCGAAUAUGUGAAUGAAUUUGUGAAAAACGGUUGGUCAGCGGUUUCAGUGGUAAAUCAACUUCAUGACUAUUACAUUACUAGUAACGACUAUGGAACUGACUUUAAGAAUAAAAUUUCAUUAUUGCUAUUUGACGCCGAUGCUAAACUCGCCAAUGGUACCAAUGAACAUCUGCAACUUCUCAACCUUCUAGUGCAGAUUUCACAAGUGCCCACUUGA